GUAGCAACAAUACCGCUAGUGCUGGCUAGUGCAACAACAGAUAACCGUUGCCUUAACAAUUCAUCAUUUUUUAACUAAGUUUUAACAGUGUAUCAACGGUUAUAAACUAUUCUACAAGUAUUUGCUGGUAGCCUAUACUAUCGUAAUCGGCGAAGGCGUAUAGGGUUGUAUUUUUUUGUAUAGUGGUAUUGUUGUGACGAUUGGAUCCGCCAUAUUCAGCCAUAUUGCUUGGAGCGUUUGAGGGUCGAUUGCGUCCAAUGUAUAUUUUGUAAAAGGAAAUAUAUAUAUUUAUAUACAUAUAUUUUUUGAUAAGUUUUUAGUUAGCUGUUUGCGUGAGUUCGGGUUGCUUAUAGUGUGAAACGUUUAGUUGUGCGUGUAAAAUGUCGGUGGAAUAUUUGCAAGUCGCAGAGGACGAGGGUGAAGAACCCAUAGAACUGCCCAGCGAGGAUGAUGGCACUCUGUUGCUCAGCACGUUAUCGGCCCAGUUUCCCGGUUCAAGUGGGUUGAAAUAUCGAAAUCCCGAUAGUAGAGCUAUGCGAGGCGUUCGCCUCAGCGAAGGGAGACUGCAUCCACCGCCAGAGAUCGGCUGGGGUUCACAAAUAUUUUAUUGCGUCUUCCCUAAAGAGAAUAAAAGGAAAAGUGAUGACAAUUUAGAGAAUUCUACUGCAAAGACAAAACGAAUCGAAACAAAGCUUCGGUGCACAGAUUUGAUUGUGCUGGGACUACCAUGGAAAACGACUGAGCAGAAUCUACGUGAAUAUUUCGAGACUUUUGGGGAGGUUCUUAUGGCUCAGGUGAAAAAGGACGCCAAGUCUGGACAGUCUAAAGGUUUCGGAUUCAUUCGAUUUGCAUCAUAUGAAUCUCAGAUGCGCGUGUUAGCGCAAAGACAUAUGAUUGAUGGACGAUGGUGCGACGUGAAAGUACCAAACUCGAAGGAGGGCUUGAUCCAGCAAGUGCCAUGUAAAGUGUUCAUCGGAAGGUGCACAGAGGACUUAACCGCCGACGAUUUGCGCGAAUAUUUUGGAAAGUUCGGUGAAGUUACGGACGUUUUUAUACCAAAACCGUUUAGGGCUUUCAGUUUUGUCACGUUUUUGGAUCCCGAGGUCGCUCAAAGUCUGUGCGGGGAAGAUCACAUCAUUAAAGGAGUAUCGGUGCACGUAUCCAAUGCAGCUCCUAAAUCCGAGACCAGAGGAGGAGGAGGUGGCGGCGGAGGCGGUGGUGGAGGCGGCGGCGGUGGUUACGGCAGCGGUCCACGACCUGGUAACCAUAGUGGCGGUAACCGCGGACCAGGCGGACCCGAUGGUCCAGGCAUGUACCAGCAACGGUAUAACCCCGGUCCAAACCAACCGAAUUGGAAUAGUCAAGGACACAGGGGCAACAUAGACAUGCCUAACUUGCAAGCCUUAGGUAUAACUGGUCAGGGACAGCAGGGGAAUCCGCAACAGAAUUGCAAUACGCUUGGUUUGGGACUUAAUUUGGGCGCGCUGCCGGUGAACCCUGCCAUCGUGGCUGCCCUGAACUCGGCAGGUUGGGGACUUAUAGGCAAUUUACAAAAUCAACCAGAACCAAAUUUCAAUCAGGGAUUCAAUAAUCCGCCAAACACUAGCAGCGGGAAUAACGCGAACGGUGGCAACCAGGGUGGCGGAAGCAACCAAGGUUUCCUGAAUUGGAUGAACCAGGCCCAAGGACAGGAGGGUCAGUGGCCGCGGCCUCCACCCCAACAGCAACAAGAUAAAGGUUUCCUCAAGUGUUCCGAUGAUUUUGGAUGAACAGCCUUCGUGCGCCAGUCAGAACUCUAUGUUUUAUUAACGUUUUGGGUAAGUAUGAUGCGAAUCCCGCCAGUGCCUCCUGGACGAGAGUUGUUUCCAUUGUUUCACGUGGAAAGGUGAGUGUCAAUAAGAAACGAGCGAGAGUCGAUCUUCUAGAAAUAAACUUGAAUUCGUAGUUAAUGUUAACUAUUUUCUAUAGGUUUACUAGAGGAAGCAUAACAUACAAUGUAUAAGAAAAUUUUAUAACACUGACUUCAAUAUAUACAUAUAUAUUUAGAA